AUGGGUCAAAUGGGGAUCGAUGACACUCGGCCGGUUUGCCCAUUUCGGUGCGAAGAAAUCGAACGGAAUCAGUUGGCUAAGGAGUGGAAGAGUUGGAAAACAGCUCUAGAAAUUUAUUUCGAAGCGUUUAGUAUUUCGGAUCAGAAGGUCAUGAGAGCUAAGUUGCUGCACUUUGGGGGCAAGCAACUGCAACGAGUUUAUGCAAACUUGCCGGAUGUUGAUAAACUACCUUUGGUUUCGACGCAACAAAAUUGGUACGAUGUUGCUAUAGAAAAAUUUGAUGAAUUUUUUGAACCGGGUCGUCAGUACAUCCUUGAGAGAUGUCGUCUGCGAAAAAUACGUCAAGAAAAGAAUGAGAGAUUUGCUCAUUUUGUUAUGCGUAUUCGACAGCAGUUAGCUGAUUGUGGCUUGGAAAGAUACGCAGUGGAUGUAAGAAGUGUACUGACCGAGAUAUUUGUAGUGGAUAUCAUAGUCGAAGGAUGUGCCUCAGAGGAACUGCGGCGGAGAAUCCUGCAGAAAGAUGUAACAUUGGCUGAAGUAGAAGAAAUGGGUUCAAUGAUGGAAGGCGUUGAGCAACAGGUUAAAGACCUUAGCUCAUUGACGAGCAAAGAAGGUCAAUCUGGGUCGGCAUUCCAGGUUGAAUCAAGACAGAGCAAAGAAAAGAAAUAUCCGGUUAACAGAGGAAAUCGAAGGCGAACAGUCACCAGGCAUGAGAAGAAUUUUCGUGAAGUGACAUGUUAUAACUGCGGUACCAAGGGACACAUUGCUACAUCCACGGAGUGUAAAGCACGAAAUCAAACAUGUCGUCGGUGUCAACGCAAGGGUCAUUUCGAAGCAGUUUGUCGAAAACGAUCAUCAUCCGCAAUGGUCGCUAAUCCGAAAAAGGUUAUGCUCGUGGAAGAUACCGAAGCUGUUUCUAAUGUAUCAGCCGCUGGAGAAGCAUAUACACAGGACAUGGAUGAAGAAACGAAACGAAAACCAUAUUAUUGUUUUUAUUUCGGAUCGGAAUCCAAUACAUUGGAAUUCAAGCUGGGUGGAGUAUCUCUGAACAUGCUGGUAGACUCUGGAUCCGACGUUAACUUGAUUACGUCAAGCGAAUGGGAAAAGCUUAAACAGCAUAGAGUUGUUGUACAAGAAAUGCAGAGAGGAGCUGCCGAUAUUAUAAAAGGUUAUGGAAGUGAAGUUCCAUUGCGCAUUGUGGGAACGUUUUUCGCUGAGCUAUCAGUGGGCGCACAAGUGCCACAAGCAUAG